AUGGACGCUGAGGGCUUCAUCAAGCCAAACAACUCGGAGAUGGAGGUCAUCUGUGCUGUUCUGAAGCACAUGAAGAGCGAGCCAGAGGUUGAUUGGGAAGAGGUCUCCAAGACAGCCGGCCUUAAAGAUGGCACCGUCGCGCAGACGCGCUUCAGGCAGGUCUGCCUGGAACUCAACCUACUUGGAGCGAUUACCGCCCCCAAGAAAGCCAAAAAGUCUUCUGCUGGCAAGUCCGAGGCCACUCGAAAGGUCUCGCGCACAGUUGCUGAGGUCGUCUAUGAUGACCCGCCCACCCCUACCAGGCCCUCCAAGCGCGCCCGCCCUGCUCCCGGUGCCUAUCACCAAUCUCCCGCGCAGGAAUUAAUCUCUCCUGUUCUUCAGUCCAUCGAGUACGAUGGCUCUGACGAAGCCGACGAGGCAGGCGAGGCAGGCGAGGCCGACGAGGCAGGCGAGGCACGCGAGGCACGCGAGCCCGUCGUCCCUCCGGCUGUCGACGAUGCUCUGCCGCCUCACCUGACGGCCUCCCGCCCCGACCCUGCUCGCAACCAUGACCCCAGCAUCGAAACCAGCAGUCCUCCGUCCACCAGUCAGAUUUUGAUGGAUACCUGCGAGGCUUUAAUGAUCGCGGUUGACCGAGGAGUCUGGAGGAGCAUGGAAUCCGUCUCCGAUGAGUACAGUCUUCUGGCUUACGACUUUGCUAACGUCCACACCCGCCGCUCGGUCGAGGAAAUCUCCAUCUACAUCCAGUCUGUCGUGGAAUCUGAUAGGCGCUAUAGUGGCUACGUGGUUCCCCGUAACACCGACCCUGGCACUGCCACAACCGACAACGAUCCGCUCCAUGUGCGCACUCCGGCCACUCCGGCAGCCCGGCCCGGCCCCACUCGCGCCGGUGGUGGAAUCGCGACCCACUCGGUCCGUACCGCCCCCGCAGGCCACACCCCGAUGGUCCUCCCGCCCUUGGAGCGCGCCGCACUUGCACCGCGGACUGGUUUGCAGAACCAGCUGCCGCCCCGCUCUCCGCUGCGGGAGUUCCCCGGCCACAACCAGCAGGAAAACGCCAUCCCUCCGCGCCCUGCCCGGUGGUGGAACGAUCCAGUCGCGUAUUCCAGCGAGAACGCGGACCCCUACGAGAUCUAG